AUGACAUUCAACCUCUCCUCUCCCUCUCAGCUGAACUCCAUCCACAGUCCCCAUAUUCCCACUGCUGUCUUCCCGCCUCACCCAUUCCGCCCACCACUCAACCCACUCGUCAUUUUCCUUCUUCGCACCAUCAUGUCUAGUAGCUCAGAAAGCCGAUACAUCAGACUUGAAGAAUCUUCGAGUCCCUUCCAGGCGCAUUCCCGCUGGAAUUUACAUGUCCAUUCAAAGGGACGCUGGAAAUUAGCCAUUAAAGUGAUAUUCCAAGAGAUCGUCGUAUGCGUCACCUGCAUUCUCAGUGGAGGUCAAGGCGUCCUAUGCGUCCGAUUGAAUGCUAGGCAGUGGAGAAGUCAUCAAGAACUUCAAAUGUUGUGGGAUGGGCUACUCGGUCAUGGAGAUAGGCCAUUCGGGGAGUAA